GUAACUUGGCCCAGACAAGAGCCAGGAUAACGGCAGCUUCAAGAUCUUUGCCUCCGCAUUUCAGUGCUGGAAGAACCAAGGUGGACACUCUGGAGGUGAUACGGCAUCCAGAAGAAACCACCAACAUGAAGAGGCAGACCGUGGCUUCUUACUUCCGGUAUUCUCUGAUGGAUCUACUCUCCAAAAUGGUGGUUGGACAGCCCCACUUUGUCCGCUGCAUUAAACCCAAUGAUGACCGAGAGGCCCUGAAGUUCUCCCGAGAGAGUGUGCUGGCCCAGCUCCGCUCCACAGGGAUCCUGGAGACAGUCAGCAUCCGCAGGCAGGGGUAUUCCCACCGCAUCCUCUUUGAAGAGUUUGUGCAAAGGUCAGGCCAGCAUCUCAGAAUCUACAUCAUGUUAAAUAUGGCUGUGCUAUGGUUCUCCCUGUCCCCUGGGAUUGCUGCUCCUAACAUGCAAUUGCCAUUUACUUGUUUAACUGUUGCAUUUUAAUUGUGCUCCAACUGAA